UUCAAACAACCACCAACGGAACAAACACUACAGUGAAAGAAAGAGAAUGUUUCUCGUGCUACUUUUAACCUUCGCUUCAUAUCCUGUAUUUUCUGCUGGAGAUACAUGCGGAACAAAGCCAGAUUUAUACUGUAAGUCCGCCAAUCUGGAACAGGACAUUAACAAUUUAAAAACAAAGCAAGAAACUCGUGUCGUGUAUUCAGCCUAUGGUUUUGAGAUCCUUGGCACUAAUGUGACAUUUCCUAAUGUGAUCAUGAACAAUGGUAGUGGAUAUAACAGUACUACAGGACAGUUCAAGGCUCCAGUUGCCGGUAUGUACUACAUAGCCGCUACACUGUCCACUGCACAGGAAAAAGAAUACCAAAGGGUUCAAUGUUUUAUUCAAAGGAACGGAGAUAGCAUAGUUGAGCUUUUUUCAGAUAAGUUUGGUACUGAUGAAGUUGGAUCAUAUCAGCUUACAGCGACAGAGCCUGUAUAUCUUGCUAUUGGUGAUGUUGUCGGUGUUGGUGGAUGUAUUUCCUACGAAGGAAUACAUAAUGAUCGUGGGACCAGUUUCAAAGGGAUUCUCAUACAAGCAGAUUAACGACCAAAUGAGAUCCGGCAUAUAGAAAUCCUUGUGAAUUGAUUGAUAAAGAACUAUAAGAACAAUAAAACUCUGCAUCUAGAA